CUCAACGUCCAUUUAUAUUAGCUAUUAAGUACUCAAAGAUGUUGUCUGCGGCGAGAACAGCAGCGAUAAACAUGUCGUGCUCUCAGAAAACCUCCAGCAGUGUGUCUGGUCUCAUCAAGAAGGCUUGUUGGAAUGGAUUGACUCAACAAACUCUCCAGACUUCAGCCAGACGUCAUUAUGCUUCGGAGGCGAUCCGAGGCGCUGUCAUCGGUAUUGAUCUGGGAACCACAAACUCCUGCGUGGCUGUGAUGGAGGGAAAACAAGCAAAGGUCCUGGAAAACGCAGAGGGUGCGAGGACGACCCCGUCAGUAGUGGCCUUCACAUCUGAUGGAGAGCGGCUCGUGGGAAUGCCGGCCAAACGUCAAGCGGUCACCAACCCCAACAACACUCUCUACGCCACUAAACGUCUGAUUGGACGGCGCUAUGAUGACGCUGAAGUCCAGAAAGAUUUGAAAAAUGUGCCGUUUAAGAUCGUGCGUGCCUCUAAUGGAGACGCCUGGCUGGAAGCCCACGGCAAACUGUACUCGCCCAGUCAGGCCGGAGCCUUUAUCCUCAUGAAGAUGAAGGAGACUGCAGAGAGCUACUUGGGCCAUGCGGCGAAGAACGCUGUUAUUACAGUGCCGGCUUACUUCAACGACUCCCAGAGACAGGCGACCAAAGAUGCAGGACAGAUUGCAGGUCUGAAUGUGCUGCGUGUCAUCAAUGAGCCGACCGCUGCUGCUUUAGCCUAUGGACUGGAUAAGACUCAAGACAAAGUAAUUGCUGUGUAUGAUCUUGGUGGCGGGACGUUUGAUAUCUCUGUCUUGGAGAUCCAGAAGGGAGUUUUUGAGGUGAAAUCCACCAAUGGAGACACGUUCCUGGGUGGAGAAGAUUUUGAUCAGCACCUUCUCAGACAUAUAGUGAAGGAGUUCAAGAGAGAGUCUGGAGUGGAUCUGACAAAAGACAACAUGGCUCUGCAGAGGGUGAGAGAGGCUGCGGAGAAAGCCAAGUGUGAACUGUCUUCCUCUCUGCAGACUGACAUCAACCUGCCCUACCUGACGAUGGACGCCUCUGGGCCGAAACACUUGAACAUGAAGCUCACGCGCUCUCAGUUCGAAAGCAUCGUGGCAGAUCUCAUCCGCAGGACGGUGUCUCCCUGCCAGAAGGCCAUGCAAGAUGCCGAAGUCUCCAAGAGUGACAUCGGAGAAGUGCUGCUGGUCGGGGGAAUGAGCCGAAUGCCAAAGGUCCAGCAGACGGUGCAGGAUCUGUUUGGUCGGGCUCCCAGUAAGUCCGUGAACCCGGAUGAAGCCGUGGCUAUCGGCGCUGCCAUCCAGGGAGGAGUUCUGGCCGGGGACGUGACGGACGUGCUCUUGUUGGACGUCACUCCUCUGUCCCUCGGGAUCGAGACUCUGGGAGGCGUCUUCACCAAACUCAUCAACAGAAACACAACCAUUCCUACCAAGAAAAGCCAGGUGUUCUCCACCGCUGCUGAUGGACAGACUCAAGUGGAGAUCAAGGUUUGUCAGGGAGAGCGAGAGAUGGCUGCAGACAACAAGAUUCUGGGACAGUUCACCCUGGUCGGCAUCCCUCCUGCUCCUCGUGGCGUCCCACAGAUUGAAGUCACCUUCGAUAUCGAUGCUAACGGGAUUGUGCACGUCUCCGCUAAAGACAAGGGCACCGGCCGAGAACAGCAGAUUGUCAUCCAGUCGUCUGGAGGCCUCAGCAAAGACGACAUAGAAAACAUGGUCAAGAAUGCAGAGAAGUACGCAGAGGAGGACAGGAGACGGAAGGAUCGUGUGGAAGCGGUGAACAUGGCCGAGGGUAUCGUCCACGACACCGAGUCGAAGAUGGAGGAGUUUAAGGAUCAGCUGCCAGCCGAUGAGUGUACCAAACUGAAGGAGGAGAUCGUUAAAGUACAGGAGCUUCUGUCACGGAAGGACGCGGAGACGGGAGAGAACAUCAAGCAAGCAGCCACAAACCUGCAGCAAGCGUCACUCAAACUCUUUGAGAUGGCAUAUAAGAAGAUGGCGUCAGAGAGAGAAGGCGGCAGCGGCUCGAGCUCAGGAGGAGACAGCGGAGAGAAGAAGGAGGGCCAGCAGUAAAGCCUGUGAGCCUGGAGUUACUGUGGGACUGAAUGUUUCUCUGAGCAGCGUACGCAAGAUCUUCUCACAUAUACUGUGUUUUUGACAGUAAACUCUACAAAACAAUAUUA